ACCGGUCCCGCCUCCUCAGAACUCCAAAUCACUUCCAGGGACCAGUUCGGAGUCCAACCCCUCUACCUCGAGCUUGAACUAAAACCCGCUUCCACUUUCAAUCGGCUGGUUCUACCUCCGACAUGAGUGGACCGGAGCAUGGAGGCGAACCCCCGGAGGACUGGGAGCUGCUGCAGCCGCUCGUCUGUAGCCUCAGGCGGCGCGCCAUGGAGGCCGAGGAUCCCUGUCCCGUCCGGACCUUCUCCCACCAGUUCCUCGUCAAGUUCCUGCGGGCCAGAGAUCUGGACGUGGACCAAUCCUUCAUGCUCUUACAGAACUACCUGCGCUGGAGGAGAGAAAGUCCUGAGAUCAGCGGUUGUCUGUCCCCGUCCUCUGUGCUCGGCCUGCUCAACACUACCUACCAUGCUGUCCUUCCUGAGCGGGACCACACGGGAAGCAGGGUGCUCAUCUACAGGAUCGGGCAGUGGAACCCAAAAGACUGGACCGCUUUCCAAGUCUUUCGUGUCAGUCUGAUGACAUCAGAGAUCAUCUCCAUGGAGACUGUGACACAGAAGCAGGGAGUGAAGGUGAUAUUUGACCUUGAGGGAUGGACCUUUGGACACGCCUUUCAGAUCUCCCCCUCGCUGGCUCGGAAAAUAUCCUCCGUUCUCACUAACUCCUUCCCAUUAAAAGUUCGAGGAAUUCACUUGGUCAAUGAGCCCAUCUUCUUCCAGCCGGUCCUGGCCUUGAUCCGUCCCUUCCUGCCUGAAAAGAUCAAACAAAGGAUCCACAUGCACAGUGGAGACUUCCAGAAUUCUUUAGGCGACUUCUUCUCUCCGCACGUGCUGCCUCCAGAGUACGGAGGGGAGGGGCCUGGAAUGGAAGAGGUGUGUAGAGACUGGGCGGAGCGUUUGUGUCAAUCUGAGUCGAUGCUCCAGCAGAUUGCAGCGCACCCUACUGGAGACAUCGACGCUCCGCUUGAAGACUUGAUUUCAGAGGAGCAGCCAAGCGUGCAUCUGACGGAGAGUAGAUGUUUACCUGUAGAGCCUGCUGAGGGCGUAGAGACCAGUGUUUCUGGUGGUGUUACAGUAGAUCCCCUUGUCAGAUAGACAAAUCUAGGAUUGCUGAGUCACCACAUCACGUACUUGUGAUUUUAUCUGAAGCCAUUCACAAAGGGUUUGCUAUAAAGUGCCCAGGGCCAGAAUGGCGACCUCAAUGGGACUUGAACCCAUAACCACUCUCACUGCAGUGAUCCUGCGGAGCCGCCCGCCAUACUGUUUAUCCAUAGUCUUAGUUAGUAACAACUAGGUCUGUGUAAUGAUGCUGCAUUAAUGCUUUAUAACAGAUAGCGGGGACUGAGGAAUUCAAGCUAAACUUAAUUUAGUACAGAGUUUCUGUUCUAUAUUUUUUGCUUGUUUGGUGCAAUAAGUAAUCUGCUGAUCAAAACAUAAAUGGAAACUCUGAGGAACGCCUACUGCGGACCCGUGUCCGACUAAGUCAAAGAGGAGGGCAAAAUUAAAAAAAAUAUAUUGUCUUAAUAAAGCAGCAUUUUUAAAUGAAAUUGCAUUCUUUCCCUCUUCAACUGUUACAGUACCUGAUAGGUAUUAGCAGUAGCAGUGCCCUUUUAAAGGUUCUGAAGUGACUGUGAAACAGUCCUGAAUUUAAGCCGACAAAGUAAGUAUGAGCUUCAUCAACAUUUUUAUUUAAAAAAAAUAAAUUAAAUUAAAAUCUGUUUUAUAACUGUAAAGCACUUAACUCUUCUUAUAAUAAAGAAGUCAAAUAUUUGGACUUAUUAGAUAAGUACAAGCCAAUUGCCCUCAUUGCCAUGACCCACCGUUUACCUGUAUAUGAGUGUUGUGGAAGAAGAAAAGUGGAACAAAGGACAAACAAGAGGGUGUAAGUAAUAUGGGCGGAUCCAGGUGUGAGUGACUGUCACACUCGAUUGUGAUCAACUUUCACCAGUUUACCACACGUUUUUUAGAGGCGAGUCUUGUGAGUGUGGACGAAUGGUUAUCUCAGUUCUUUAAUGUGAAAAAAUGCUACUUAAUGAAGCGAAUACACCAUACACCGUGCAAGCUGCCUGAGAUUCCUAUAUGUGGAUGAAGGUUGUACUUUUAUGUUAACGUGCAAUGAAUUUGUUAGUCUGCUGUUAUUAUGAGGAUAAGAGUGAUACAAAACAGGAAAUGACCGUGGUCUGAAUGGAAACAUCAGUUUUUAUGUCAUAAUAGAUUUUAAUUUAGUUCACUGUUUGCUCAUGUUGGUUAUAUUUUUUCAUUCUCAUGUUUUCACUUCAUGUAUGGCAUAAUGUCUUGAUCAUGUUUGAUAGUGUAUUUAUUGUAAUCUUUCCAUGAAUUGUCAUUAUUUUUUCAAUACUGAUCAUUAAAUUGUAUGCUAGUAUAUCACAGCUUUCAAACUGAGAAUUCAUUCAAAAUUGUUGUUUAUGAUUUAAUAUCUUCAAUGUUCUCUUAAUAACUCGAAAUAAUUCCUGCUGUAUAACUGAAAGGAAUGUUGACUGUUAAAAGACAUACUGUAAUUCAGAUGUGCCUUAUAGUCGUCAUUAAAUCU